AUGGAGCACUGCAUUGGCAUUCUCAUCGAGCCUCUUAUCGGCUUGGCGACGAUGUGCGCCGAAGUGGCGGGCAUCUGUGUCGAUGGCUGCCUGCAGACCUGUCGCGAGUCGUGCCGAUGCAUCGCCUGUCCCUGCUCGGCGUGUGCGCGCGACUACGAUGCGAGCGACGAAGAGGCCCAACCCAUCCUCACGCGCGCUCAGCCCGCGCCGAAGCAGCAGCCAACUUGGUCGUCCGUCCAAACGCUGCGCAACCAACACAACGGUUAG